AUGGUGUUGAUAUAUUUAACAAGACGUAAAACAUUUCUACUUCCAGUGACUGCUACAAAGUCAAGAGUGAAAGAUAACAAUUUUAAAUCACAUUCAGAGAGCAGUCACUUAAAACCUAAUGAAACGAAUAGUGAUACGUUGUGUGCGCCUAUAGAACUUUCAGAGAAUGCUUCAUCAUUUUAUCGUACAAUGCCAGAGAGCAUAAUAAAUACUGCAACAACUGAAGGUAGGAUGUCAUGCUUCAAUGAAGCAGUUGUUGGUGUCGGCAAAUCAGUUACCAUGUCAACAGAUAUGAUGAGAAACCCAAUGGGUUCUCAACCGCUUAUUCGACGUAAUUCUGAACCACGUCUUUUUUUCAACACAAAUAUGAGUAGAUCAACCGUCCAAUCGGCCUUAUUUACACCUCAAUUACAAAAUAAUCUCACUGACUCCACCUAUACACCGAAAUCUCUAUUUCGUCCACAGACUUCACGCCUCGGUAUUGAACAUGAAUACCAAAGUCUAGCACCAGUGAUUGACAAUCGAACCGCUGUAAUGAUGAGAACCGCUACGACAGCCAAUGCUCAUUCUUCACGAUGUUUAACUCCUUUCUUUGACUAUCGAUCGCAUCAUACCCCACAACAUAUGAUUGAACAGGUUGGAGGAAUGAGAAAUGGUUAUCGAAAUUGGAUACCAAUUCAUCUUCAACAAUCCAGUACACCAAUGGAUAUUAGCCAUCAAUCUCUUGUCCAUUUAGAGACCACACUUAAUAACAAUAAUAAUAAUGAUAAUAGUAACAAUCGUGAAGCAGUACAACUGCCUAAAUCGCCGACAAUAAUCUAUGCCGCAUCACCAGACCCUCAAAAGCAUCCAAUUCACUUUCGUGGGGACUCACUACCCGUAUAUCCAAUGAAUCAGUUACAAAAUACACCGAAUUUAAAAUCAUUUCAUCAAGUACCAGUUGAAGCAAUUCCAGGAAAACAUUUGCCACUGCCGCAUCAUUCCCACCAUCAUCAUCCCCUUUCUACGUAUCAGGAUAUCUCCCUGUUACAGGCUACUCUAAGACGACAUAAUCGUCGAUCGAUAAUUAUGACAACACAUUCAAAUCCAAUGAUGACUUACAAUCAUCACCAUCACCACCACCACCAACAACAACAACAGCAACACCAACCGCAUCAUUCGAAUCGAUUAGCGGCAUCAACAGCCAAUCAUCGGAAUCAAUUCAAAACAUUGCAUACACCAAAACAUCAUACUGGUAUUGGUACAUUCACACCAACACCGUCAACUGCUGCAACAAUGACACCCAGACUAAUGUAUUCUAAUAAUUUAAAGCCUUAUAACUCCAAUAAAACAAGAUAUCAUAUAUCUACGCCAUUGAAAGAUGAAUUAGAAUGUGAGCAGUUACUGUUGCUAAAAAGCAGGAAUAAUGAAAAUAACGAAAAUCAGAAGUUAUUACACCAACCAGAUGAUGUAAUCAAUUCAAAUUAUGUUGACAGUAAUGAUGGUAACAAUAAUAACAAUGAUAGGGAUGAUGUUGAUAAUGAUAUUAAACAUUUAACUGAAAUACCGAAUAAUUUAAAUUUUGCAAAAUGUCACAUGAUCAACAAUCGACCAAUCAACAAACUGAAGCGAAUCAAUUGA